AUGGAGGCCUUUGCACCCGGAGCCACGGUGAUCCACUCCGUUAGCCAGAAAGUGCACAAAGUUGGCGAUGACCGCCGGCUGCUGUGCCGAGCCCGUGUUGCCGAGCAGAUGCUGCGUGCCUUGGAAGCCGCGAGGCCGAAGGACGACCUUUGCCACAAAUGCUUCCGGGAGCUAAGCGUGCAGGUCCCGGAGACCAUGUCCAGCUCGGAGGAGACAGCAGCAAUGGAGCCGGUCCAGGAGGAGGAGCCUGAUGAACAGCCGGCGAUCGCCAGCCUCUUUCCAAAGCUCCCGCGCGGUGCAGCCAACGCGUCAGGCCACUUCCUGGAGGAGCCCGGGUACGAGGUGUCCUUUGAGCCCGUGAACUGCAAGGAACUUGAGGCAGUGUUGGAGCUGGCCAUCGUCCGCCAACAGCCUGUGCUCUUUGACGAGAUGGCGGCCAUCCGAAACCGGGCGGUGGACAUCGAUAGCAGCGGCGUGGGCCGAAUCCCCGUGUGCCACCCGUCUCCUUCGGGACCACCUUGCAAGGGCUUGGCCGUCCGUUCCUACAGCGGCAUAGUGCUCAAGCCCGCCGAGCCGACAGAGCCCGGGAAGAAGCGGGCGAAGACCGAGCCCGUGCCUUGGGGAGUCUUGCCAGCAAUGGUGCGUGCUGAGUUGCAGCGGGGCAUUCCGAUCCAUCUCGCCGGCAAGAGUGUGGCGGCUCUUUCACCGACGACUCGAGCCGUCGCCCAGACCGGCAUCGCGGAACAUGAGGUCAACGUGGUGCGCCCGGAGUUCACCAUCGGCAAGGCCAUGUUUUCGCACCAAAAGCUGGGCGAGCUGCCGAAGCAGGUCCUGGCCUUCCUGAUCAGCCGCUCAGACACGCUUGCCCAGACCGUUACGGAUCGGCCCUGCCUCGGGCACAAACACAAACAUAGCUCCAUGUCAACCCCUCCUGAAGUCUUGCUCCGGCUGGCUUGGAGGGAUGAGCCAGCAGUCAAACUGAAACAGGUGGAGCUCGACCAUUCGUUCAUGCAGAUUGCCUUUUGCUCGAGCCAGAGGACAGCUAGGACCAGCAGGACGAUUGCCGCCAUGAGCAGGCCUCCAGCAACAUCGCGCAAGGUCGGGCGCGUGGUGGUGCUACUGGCGCUGUUCCUGGUGUGUUUGCCAGAGCCUAAGACCAGCGCAUUGAACAGCGUUAGAAGUGUUCCCGAGCAGCUUCAGGCGAGCAACGCGGACGGCGCGGGCUUUGCUUGGAGCGGGGGCCGUGCCGUUUUCGAGGUGGGAUGUGAUGGCAUGGAGUGCCGAUGCGCAAGCCAGAGCGAGGCUGAUGGCCCUUUGGACCGUGGUGAGGCCGAAGGCAAUGAAGACGACAAGGCCUCAGAAAAGGAUCAGGAUGAGGUGGAAGAGGCGACGACCGAGGCACUUCCAGGGAGCCUGUUCUUGCUGGUGAGGGUUUCGCGAAACAAGGCGGUGGAUGAGUUGCUUUGCGGUGCUGCCUCAGCACAGACUGCUGAUCCGGUUGAAGAUGCCAAGCAGGCUAUUGUGGCCUUUGCCCAGGACGAGCAGCUGCAGAAGACGGUUCAGGAGACAGAGGACAAAGGCUUCGACGAAUCCACCGAGCAGAUCACUAACGCGCAGAAAUUUCUAGUGCUGGCUUUGGCGAGAUGGGAAGGAAUCGAGAAGGAUCUGAAGUUGGUGAGCGAAAAGUGGCGAGAAGCCAUACAGCAGGGCGACAAAGAGGAAGAAAGAAAGUGGCAGCAGGAGCGCAAGGAGGCGAAGGAGGAGUUCGACAAGGCCAAGGCGGAGGCCGAAAAGGCCAAGGAGGAGCUCGAGAAAGCCAAAUCAACGGCACCCCUUCAGGUCUUCGGCGAGGCUAGGCGGACGUUGGGAGCAGUCACGUCCUUUGGCAAGGGGUUUUCCAGCUUCUUGGAGGUGGCACUGCUGAGUGGCAAUGAGGCUGCGUUUGUUUUUGGUGUUUGUGUGCAGGCAGGAUCUACUCUUCUGAAGGACUUUAGCGACGAGCUUCCCGAUCUUGACGAACGCUUCUUGAAUGGACGCAUAAACAACAAAGAGAAUCGUCCGUUCUUGGAGCGGGAGACAAUCGUGAAGAGGGUUCUGGCAGAGCUGACCGCAACCCAAAGCCAGAAGGUGGAUAAGCCCAGGCUCGUGGCUCUUUGGAGCCCUAGGGGCACCGGCAAGACUUCGCUCGUUCGACACCUGGCGCAGUUGGAUCAGUAUGCCGAGAGCCGCAGAUGUGGUCGGCUGCUGGUGAUGGAUGCGUCAAUGUUAGCACAGCAUGCACAAAAUGAUGUGGAUACACUGGUUUCCGCCAUCAUCAUUUGGCAUCUUUUGCAAAUCUUCGACGGCUACGCUGUGGAAGUUGGCCAAGGGAACAGCGUUGCCUUCAAGCGCUUGGACAUAGGUCCUGUGUUGAGGCUUCUCGAACAGACCCCAUCGACUCCACCCCCGGACGGCAGUGUUGGGUGGUGGAUUGCGUCCUUCUGUAACAGCAAGGACGACGUCCUGGACCAGUGGCUCGUUCUCACGGAAAAGGCCUUCGCGGCGAAGAACAGCUGCCCUCGUCUUGUCUUCUUGGAUCAAGCAGAACUCCUUACAAGACUUGAGACAGAGGGAACAAAAGAGCGGGGGAGAGCAAGAAAGUCAUUGCUUACGGGGAUUUUCUCAAGGCUUCCCGCACAAAUGGCAUGCUUCUGCACGGGCACGCUGGAUUUGAUGCGUGAUGCUCCUGCAGAAAAGUACACACUCCUUUAUGUCCAUAGCGUGCCAGCACUGGCACCAUUGUCUCGAGACGCUGCUGCCGCGACCAUGCAACAGUGGAACAAAACGACUUAUGACGACCCUACGUUCAACCAGGUAAUGCUCUUCUCUUGCGGAGUUCCUCGACUUCUGCAGUGGGCGUUCCAGGCAGACGGGGAGUUGACAAAGGCAAGCACUGAAAUUGCAUUGAAUGAGAUGUCGAAGUGCUUCGCGGAGUCGUACAAGUCUGCAGCACCCUGGUUUAGUGACGACAUUGAGACCGCUUUGGCAAUCGUUCUCUGUUCAGCCGUUCGAUGGACCGCAACUGGAAGCCGCCAGUUUGAUAGAGUGCCUGGAACAAACACUCCUUGGUCCGACAUCUUCCAUGCAGGAGCAGCAUUUCCCGCUGAGAAGUCGGUACUGGUCCCACGCAUCUGGUGGUGUCGGGAUGCCGCUGUCUCCGCCAAGCUGGAAAGUCACCUUGAAGGCUGGAACAUCGAUCUGAAGAGUCUGUUGCCAGAUCCCUUGAAGUUGGUUCAGAGUUCGGUCCGAGGUCCCCUUGCCAGAGGAAUGCCGUGGGAACAGAUGGUUGCAAACUCCCUAGUGGCGGAUCGUCUAGAUGAGGGCAGACUUAAUCGACAUGUACCGAGCAGCAGCAACGUGGGAGCUUGGAUGAGCUUGGAUAUACCGGAAGGGCUUCUGCACUGUUGA